ACACAGUUCUUGCGGCCAUUGUAGAAAUGAGCUCCAAAGUCAGAGAGCUGCAGUGAACUCUAAAAGUCACAAACAAUUGAAGCCUGUGCACGCCAUUUUCUCUAACUCUUCUUUCAAUUUUCAGCUCUGGAAUCAGUAUAUUUCACUUUCCAUACCCGAGAAAGAUCCAGAGAUGCAAUUCUAGGGUUUAUGGACUAUAUUUUCCUUUUGGGCAGGGAAUUUUGAUUUCAUCGCCCGAGCAAUUUCAUUUUGAUUCCAAUUGUGACGGGUAUUGGGAAAUUUUUAAACUAAAACGAACCUAGGUAGAUCAUAUGAAAUCGUCGGGGACCAAGGUUCUUUUGCUUUGUUUGAUUCUUGGUACUUGCUUGAGUUUGGUUCUCGGCGAGGAGUCCAAGAAGAAUGCAUUUCGGGAGCGAGAAGCUACUGAUGACUCCCUGGGAUAUCCGGACAUGGAUGAGGAUGCUUUGUUAAAUACACAAUGCCCAAAGAAUCUGGAGCUAAGAUGGCAAACUGAAGUUAGCUCCAGCAUAUAUGCUACCCCCUUGGUUGCUGAUAUUAACAGUGAUGGUAAGCUUGAAAUCGUGGUUCCCUCUUUUGUUCACUAUCUUGAAGUUCUUGAAGGUUCUGACGGGGACAAAAUGCCAGGUUGGCCUGCUUUCCACCAGUCAACAGUGCAUUCUAGUCCACUUCUAUAUGACAUAGACAAGGAUGGGGUGAGAGAGAUAGCUUUGGCCACCUUCAAUGGUGAAGUGUUGUUUUUCAGGGUCUCUGGCUAUAUGAUGUCAGAGAAGCUAGUAGUACCUCGUAGGAAAGUGCACAAAGAUUGGUAUGCAGGAUUAGAUUCAGACCCUGUAGAUCGUUCUCAUCCUGAUGUCCAAGAUGAACAGCUUCUCCAAGAAGCAACUAUAAUGAAAUCUAUGUCUCAUUCAAAUGAAAGUAGGCAUAAACUCAACACCUCAGCUGCCACAUCAACAGAAAGUCACCUUGGUGUGGGUAGUGUACCCAAUCCAGAGUUUGACAAGAAAACAAUUGAAAGUAGACGUGAACACAAUUCUUCAAAUGUCACAUCAACAGAAAGUCUCCUUGGUGCAGGGAAUAUGUCCAACCCAGUGCCUGGCAAGGAAAAAAAUGAAAGUCGAACAGAACAAAAUAUUAAGAUGCCUAGCAAUGCUGAUAAUUCAUCUUUGGAUGCUGGUUCUGAGAAAACUGUUAAUGUAGAUAAUAACACCAGUACUGCCAGACAUCUUCUGGAAGAUAAAAACUCAAAAGGAGAAAAGGAAGGCGGUUCUGAAUCCAGUGAGGGUAAUAAUGAGGGUCUUCAGGCUGCAACUGCGGAAAAUGCUGAGGGUUUGGAAGCAGAUGCUGAUUCAUCCUUCGAGUUAUUCCGCAAUAGUGAUGAGCUGGCUGAUGAGUAUAGUUAUGAUUAUGAUGAUUAUGUUGAUGAAUCAAUGUGGGGUGAUGAAGAGUUUACUGAAGAAAAGCAUGAGAGAUUAGAGGAUUAUGUGAAUAUUGACUCACACAUAUUAUGUACCCCUGUCAUAGCAGAUAUUGACAAUGAUGGUGUAUCAGAAAUGGUUGUUGCUGUUUCUUAUUUCUUUGACCACGAGUAUUAUGACAACCAGGAUCAUAUGAAAGAACUGGGUGAUAUUGAUAUUGGAAAAUAUGUUGCUGGUGCUAUUGUUGUUUUUAAUCUGGACACAAAGCAAGUUAAGUGGACUGCAGAACUUGAUCUGAGUACCGAUACUGCAAACUUUAGAGCCUACAUAUAUGCUUCUCCAACUGUUGUUGAUUUGGAUGGUGAUGGAAAUCUGGACAUCCUUGUUGGAACUUCCUAUGGCUUGUUCUAUGUGUUGGAUCAUCACGGGAAGGUUAGAGAAAAGUUCCCUCUUGAAAUGGCUGAGAUUCAAGGCUCAGUUGUUGCUGCUGACAUUAAUGAUGAUGGCAAGAUUGAGCUAGUUACUGCUGACACGCAUGGAAAUGUUGCUGCGUGGACUCCCAAAGGAGCUUUAAUAUGGGAAAAGCAUCUGAAGAGUCUUAUUCCACAGGGUCCAACAAUUGGUGAUGCUGAUGGAGAUGGCCACACUGAACUUGUGGUGCCAACACUAUCUGGGAAGAUUCAUGUUCUUGAUGGCAGAGAUGGGUCAUCGGUUGGACACUAUCCAUACCGAACUCAUGGAAGAGUUAUGAAUCAAGUUCUUUUAGUUGAUUUAAGUAAACGUGGGGAGAAAAAGAAGGGAUUGACUAUUGUUACCUCAUCAUUUGAUGGUUAUCUGUAUCUCAUUGAUGGACCUACUGGAUGUGCUGAUGUUGUCGACAUUGGUGAAACUUCAUAUAGUAUGGUUUUGGCGGACAAUGUUGAUGGAGGGGAUGAUCUUGAUCUUAUCGUCACAACUAUGAAUGGAAAUGUCUUUUGCUUCUCAACUCCUUCCCCUCAUCAUCCCUUAAAGGCAUGGAGACUGCCUAAUCAAGGAAGAAAUAAUGUAGCAAAUAGGCACAAUCGUCAAGGUAUCUAUGUGACUCAUCCUUCUAGAGCUUUCCGUGAUGAAGAAGGCAAGAAAUUUUGGGUAGAAAUUGAGAUUGUAGAUAAGUACAGAUAUCCAUCUGGGCAUCAAGGACCAUACAAUGUCACUACAUCCUUGCUAGUCCCUGGUAAUUACCAAGGAGAGAGAACCAUAAAGCAGAGCCAGAUCUAUAAUCACCCAGGGAAAUAUCGGAUUAGGCUGCCAACCGUGGCGGUUAGGACAACGGGAACAGUUUUGGUCGAGAUGGUUGACAAGAAUGGGCUCCAUUUCUCUGAUGAGUUCUCCCUAACAUUCCAUAUGUACUACUACAAGCUGAUGAAGUGGUUGCUUGUUCUUCCAAUGCUUGGGAUGUUUGGUAUACUUGUCAUCCUCCGCCCGCAGGAUGGAAUGCCGCUUCCAUCUUUUUCGAGAAACACUGACUAGUGAUGACUGUUGCGUAUCGGCUAAUGUGAAUGAUCCCCGUAUAUACUUAGCUAAAUCAUUAAUUGUGACAUUGAUGUUGCAGUGGCCUUUCAUCCCCAAGUUAAAAGGGAUAAAUUAUUAGUUCAGUUUUUUGGUUGGUAGUUGAAUUUUGGCUCUUGAUAAUAGAUCUUUACGAUUUGUUGUUUAA